AUGGAGCAAGCAGCAGCGUCAGCGCAACAAGCACAAGAAUUCCUUUCCAAAUGCCUUGCUGAUAGGAUCUGCUACUUCAGAUGUCCCGUUUCAACCCUCAGCAGCACGUCGGUUGCUGUCAGUACGGACGAUCUGCUCCUCUCUCCCUCGCGCACCGAACAGAUCUUCUCUCCAUCGUGUUCCAAACAGGAUGCUAGUGCUUUAUCCUCCCUUCCGGUAGCUACUGGUGCCGUUAGUGCUGCUCCUGUCGUUAGUGCUGCUCCUGCUUCUAGUGCUGCUCCUGCCGUUAGAUUUGCUCCUGUUUUUAGUGCUGCUCCUGCCGUUAGUGCUGUUCCUGCCGUUAGUGCUGCUCCUGUUUUCCGUGCUGCUCCUGUUUUUAGUGCUGCUCCUGUUUUUAGUGCUGCUCCUGCCAUUAGUGCUGCUCCUGUGUUUAGUGCUGCUCCUGUUUUUAGUGCUUCUCCUGUCGUUAGUGUUGCUCCUGGAAACGCAUUCAGCACUGUUACCAAGAUGAGGCGAUUUUUGAGGCGCGUGAAAAGUCACCAUACACCGAUUGCCGCUACUUCAGGAAAGGCUGUUACCGCUGGUAUCACCGCUGUUGCUGCUCUGGUAGCGGCAGUUCCUGCUGAGAUUGAUGCUGCAGGAAGAGAAGUUACCCAUACUACCAUCACUGCUAUUUCGCGGAAGCCUGCUGAUUGCGCUGUUACUGUUGCAAAGGCGUUUACUCUUGAUACUAGCUUGACUGCUGCCCCUGGAAUCGCAGAUAUGACUGAUAAUACUACCACCAUGACUGCUGAUUCGGAAAAGGCUGGUACCGCUGAGACUGCGGUCGCUGCUGCUUCGGAAAAAUCAGGUGGAACGAAUGGAAACGUUGCUGCAGAUUCUGGCACAGCCGUUACCACUGAUACCAAUACCGUGGCUACUGGUUUGGAAAAGGCUGGUACCACUGUAUCUACGGUCGCUGCUGCUUCGGGAAAAGCAGAUGCAAGUGAUGCAAGCAUUGUUGCAGAUUCUGGAACAGCAGUUACUGCUGACACUACUGCCAUGGUUGCUGUUUCAGAAAAGGCUGGUCAAGCUGAUCCUACUGUCGCUGCUUCUCCAGGAAAAGCAGUUGCAACUGAUACAAGCGUUGCUGAAGUUACCACUGAUCCUCCCACCGUGACUUCUGAUUUGGAAAAAGCUGGUGCUGCUGUUUCUAUGGUAGCUGCUGCUUCAGGAAAAGCAGUUGCAGCUGAUACAAGCAUUGCUGCAGAUUCUGAAACGUCAGUCACCACUGAUACUACCACUAUGACUGCUGUUUUGGAAAGGUCUGGUGCUGCUGAGCCUACGGACGUUGCUGCUUCGGGAAAGGCAGAUGCUGCAGAUUCUGGAAAAGCAGUUACCACUGAUCUUACAGGUGAUGCUUCAGGUAAGGCAGUCAACACUGUCACUAGCGCUGCUGCUUCUCCUGAGAAAGUAGCUACCACUGACGCAACAGUUAUUGCUGAUUCGGGGAAGACAGUCACCACUGACACUAUCGCUUCUGCUUCUCCAGAGAAAGUAGUUACCGCUGACGCAGCGAAUACUGCUGAUUCAGGAAAGGCAGUCGCCACUAACACUACUGCUUCUGCUUCUCCUGAGAAAGUAGUUACCGCUGACGCAACGAAUACCACUGAUUCAGUCAAGGCAGUUACUACUGACACUACUGCUUCUGCUUCUCCUGAGAAAGUAGUUACCGCUGACGCAACGAAUACCACUGAUUCAGUCAAGGCAGUUACUACUGACACUACUGCUUCUGCUUCUCCUGAGAAAGUAGUUACCGCUGACGCAACGAGUACCACUGAUUCAGGAAAGGCAGUCACCACUGACACUACUGCUGCUGAUUCUCCUGAAAAUGUAGCUACCACUGACGCAACAGUUACCGCUGAUUCGGGAAAUACAGUCACCACUGUCACUACCGCUGCUGCCUCUCCUGAGAAAGUAGAUACCACUGACACCACCGUUCAUGUGGACCUCUGA